AUGUCUUUGAAUAACAUUUUUAAGUAAAAGUAAAUUGAAAGAUUAAAAGAUUAAUAAUUUCAUAAGUAUAAGUUAAAAACUAAAUCAUAGAUAAUAAAGAGAGAGUAAAUAAGAAGAAAUAAGAAAAUUUAAGUCAGUUUAAUUUAAAGCAAGAUAAACUAAUAGAGUAGAAAUGUUUGAAGAAAAUAAACUAAAUAAACUAAGAGAAAUAUUGAAAGAAGGUAGUUAUCCAAUAUUGCCUAUUACUAAACAUUCAUUUCGAGAUCGUUAUAAAGAAAAAGAAUUAGAUGGCAAUAUUAUAUUAAAGAGGUAUUGUUUAUAGAUAAAUUAAUAUAUAAUAUUAAUUAAUUUUUGA